AUGAUUCCAAUAGUUGAGCGAUUCCAAAAGCUCAAACCUCGUACCUUCGCCGGACUCAGUGAUGAUUUGCUCCUUCCCUCUAAAUGGGUUCAACAAAUGGAAAAGAUCUUUGAUUUCCUGGGCUGCACGGGCGAGCAAAGAAUAGCUUGUGGCGGCUUUCAACUUGAGGGAGACGCUGAGGCUUGGUGGAAAAGUACUCGACCCAAUCUCAUGGCUCUUCAUCCCAACCUAACUUGGGACCAAUUCAAGACCGCCUUUUACGAGAACUACUUCCCUAGGAACUUUCGAGAAAAGAAGGAAGCUGAGUUUAUGUCACUUGUUCAGGGGUCGAAGUCGGUACAAGAGUACCAACAGAAAUAUGAGGAAUUACACCACUUCGCUCCUCCUUACCUUAGAGAUGACCAAGGGAAGGCGAGCAGAUUUGAGAGAGGCAUGAGAAAUACUGUUGGGGCCAUAGUGUUGAGUUAUAACCUCCAGCGGUACACCGCAGUGGUUCAAAUGGCGAAGUCCAUCGAGGAUCGAUAG